CUGGCUGGGAUGGAGUCGGGUUACGCCUGUUUCUGUGGCAACGACCUGGACCUGCAUCGCCAUGGCAAAGCACCCAGUAUGGAAUGCAACCACGUGUGUUUUGGUGACCACACCCAGCCCUGUGGAGGAGAUGGAUGGGUCAUCAUCUUCGACAGUGAGUAGAUAGGAGAUCGUUUGCUCUGGGUUGUAUUCAUUAGUGCACAUCGUUUCAAACUGUAGAAAUGUUGUUCCCUGUGCAAACAAUAAAAACAAGAGUUUCUUAUUGUACAUAUUCAGGUAGUCCUUCACAGUUUUGGGCAGUUUUUUUUUCCAUUUGGCUUCUAGUGAAAACGACCCUAGUCUGGUCAGCCCGUUAUAACUCCCCUAACAUCUAUGUUGCUUCACCUAAUAUGUAAAAAGUGGAGUUCACAAACCUAGCAUAUUUCCAGGUGCAUGGAGAUUUUUUUUAAAGUGAAGGAACCGAAUAUGAAAGGAUUGCAACACUCACCAACUCACUUAUUGGAAGAGUCAUGUAAACAUAAUGUUCUAGCUCUCCCUUUGUUGUCAUAAAAUGAUUUGAUGAUUUUGGCAAAACAAUACAUGCUAAAUCUCUUUCUAAUAGGCUACACAAGCGUAACGUUUAUGCAAGACACAACUGCUAGAUAAUGAGACACAGAUUUCACAGCUGUAGUCAACACAAUUACAACAAUUAUGAAAUACUCCUUGUUCAAUCUAGUCUCAUCUUUCCCUUAUGUGUUAAAAACUCUUAAUUCCACUCUAUCAUUGAGAGAGUCUGUUGGAUGUGGUUUCUAUAUGAAAAGGUCUCUAUGGCAACUACGAGAUGUAGGAGUCAACAGGGUUAGUUAUGUAAGAGGGUUAGUUGUAUGAGAGACUUAUAAGCAAAAUGCAAACUUCAAUAAUUGAACUGUUAUCCAUUUAAUGAUCUUUGUCUGUUUAUCUCCUCCAGCUCGUGUUGGUGCGUGCGGGGGUAACUACUCUGCCCCCUCUGGGGUGGUCUACUCCCCUGACUUCCCUGAUAAGUACGAGGCAGGGAGGGUCUGCUACUGGACUGUCCAGGUAUUGUGUCUUGUUUCUUUGGGUUUCGAUCAAAUGGCACCCUAUCCCCUUUAGAGUGCACUACUUUUGACCAGGGUCCAACUGUAGUGCGUUAUAUUGGGGAUAGGGUGCAUUUGGGAUGCAAUAUUUGUAUUUUAUUUGUUUUGUUGCUUACAUUUGUUGCCUAUUGCCUAAAGCAUCUUUGGGUUUCAGAAAGUAGUUAGUACUAUGUAUGAUUAAGUACUAUGUAUUAUUAAGUGCUAUGUAUUUUUUAUAUUUGAAUUAUUAUUAGGUACCUGGAGCCUCCAUGAUCCUGUUCAACUUUACCUUCUUUGACAUCUCGGACCAGAAAGACAUGGUGGAACUGCUGGAUGGCUAUACCACCCAGGUGUUAGCACGGUUCGAUGGCCAUAACCCGCCCCGGGACCUGGUCAACGUCACUGGAGACUUU